AUGACUAAUUUGGAUGUGAGUAACAGCAGUACUGACAGCAGUUCAGGAUCGACAUCUGAUUCAAGCAGUAGUGGGACAUCAUCUACAAGUUCAGGCUCGGGAUCCAGUAGUUCUGACUCUGAAUCCUCCACCUCCGAUGUCCCAGCCACUGCACCACCUCCAAAAUCUCCAAUACCCCCACCAGUUGAAGAACCCCCUAAAGAGGAGCCGAAACCUCAAAGACCAGCCAAAGUCUCUUCAUCCAGUGACGAUGAAGUACCAAAACCCGAAACACCGAAACCAAUGCCGCCAAGACGACGAUCAAUCAAAUCUAAAAACGCUGCGUCAGUACUCGUCAAAAAACAACCAACACUUCCGAGGACCACAACCGGUGCAAAGUCUAAAGCUAUAUCAAAAACAAUACCGAAAGCAAACAAAAUAGAUGCAAAUUCACUGAAAAAGAAAAGCAUUUUCUCACCCGACAACAGUUCUGAAUCAGAAACUGAGAGCAAAGACAGCAAAACGUCCAAAAACAGCCCAAAAGGUUCACCAAUUAACAAAAAGACGAGCAUUAAAUCCAGCGAUGAAAAAGAUACGCCGUCACCAUUGAUGCCAGUGCAAAAUGAAGAUUCAAAUUCUAACUCCAAGGAUAGUUCUAAACGUAGAGCGAGUAGAUCAAGUGGGCCUCCGUCUAAAAAAGCUUCGGAGGACAAAAGCGCGUCUUCAUGCUCGUCUAGCCAAUCAUCAGUUGAAUCUGUGUCCUCGGAGAGUGACAGUGAUCGCACGGAGAAAAAAGAAGAUUCAAACACAAGCAAAUCUAAACCAUCCUCUAAUUCGAGUAGUAAGCCGGAAACAACACCAAAGAGUGGUGAUUCGAGUGACUCGGUGGGUACGAUGACUCGUAAGUUGACUCGAUCCUUAUCAGCCAGAGUCUCCCGAAUGGCAGCCAAACCUACCAAUACAGAUACCGACUCAGAGGCUGAUGAUAAAACUGUGGAACAGAGUAAGGAUGAUAAACGCCUGGCGAAGGCUCGGGCUGCGAUCGGCCGCUCGCCGGUCACACCAGCUCCACCGACCGCUCCUUCAGAGAGGAGGUGUCCCGUCAGGGACUGUGACUCCAGUGGACAUUUGGGUGGUAAAGCAACUCGUCAUUUCACAUGGGACGCGUGUCCAUUGUACCACAACGUCACGGCCGCGUGGUGUGUGGCAGCGGCUGAGGAGCGAGCAGCAGCCGCCGCCACUAGGAGGAGGGCGCUCGCAGCCAUGCACCAGAGGCCUAGGGCUAUGCCCACCAUCGAACAACGGGCCUACCAACUUAAGGUCAAGGAUUUGCGUUCAAAAUGGAAGGGCAGUCAGGAGUUACGAUCUAUGGCGAACAAUGAAGACUUGGGUGAGGAGAGGGAACCAGUGUUGGAAGGAUUCGCUCCAGAUUAUGACUUAAGGCUAUUCAGGGACGCGCAGGCUUUAGCAGCCGUUAAAAUAGAAGAGGAAUUAGGAGAUAUAUCCACGGAUAAAGGAACUAGUUUAUGUUCUUCGUCCAGAUACGUGGUGAUGGGCAAGUAUUUGAUGGAAGUGUGGUAUCAGUCGCCCUACCCGGGAGACGCGGCGCGAGUACCGCGGCUGUUCGUGUGCGAGUUCUGUCUGUCGCACCACAAGUGCGCGGCCGGCGCUAACAGGCACAAGGUUAAGUGUGUGUGGAGACAUCCGCCGGGGGACGAGGUAUACAGAAAGGACAAUUUGAGCGUAUGGCAGGUGGAUGGAAGGAAACACAAGCAAUAUUGCCAGCAACUAUGCUUAUUGGCCAAAUUCUUCUUGGACCAUAAGACUUUAUACUACGACGUGGAGCCAUUCCUCUUCUAUGUGAUGACAUGCGCUGAUGAUGAAGGCUGUCAUAUUGUUGGAUAUUUCAGUAAGGAAAAAAAUUCGUUCUUAAACUACAACGUGUCUUGUAUACUGACGUUACCACCGUACCAGCGUCAGGGAUACGGCAGGCUGUUGAUAGAUUUCAGUUACCUCUUAACUAAAGUGGAGGGUAAAGUGGGUUCGCCGGAGACCCCGCUUUCGGACUUGGGGCUCAUAUCGUAUAGGUCCUACUGGAAGGAGGCUCUAUUGAAGAGGCUCUGUUCAGCGUCGGGGUCCACGCUAUGUAUACGAGACCUCAGCAAGGAUCUGGCUAUCGCGUCAUCGGAUAUCGUAUCGACCUUACAAGAACGUGGCUUAAUGAAGUACUGGAAGGGAAAACACAUCGUGCUGAAGAAACAGGAGGUCUUAGAAGAGGCUAGCCGCCGCGCCUCUCGAGCUCGUAGUGUCGAGCCUUCCUGUCUCCGAUGGUGGAGCUCGGCCCGCUGA